AAUCAAAUAACAGAGUUAAAGCUUUAACCCCGUCUAGCUGUUCGACAUGUGAAUUAAUAUAAGAAGAAAUUUAUUCGAUAAUAUUUAUUAGAAUUUCUUUUAUCAUUAUAUUAUUCAGAAUUGAUAUCAGUCUAAUUUUAUUUGUAUUAUCGAUUAAAAUGUGUUUUGGUAGUUGACAAAAAAUAUUUUUUUGUGUGAUUUAAGGUUAAGAUACAUAAAAUGUUGUUAAUACAUUGUCGACGUUUAACAAGUAGUUAUGGUAUCAGAAAAAUAUCUACGAACGUAUCCAAAAAUUUAAUGAAAGAACAUUAUAAUCCUGAACAGAAACGAAAAUUUCGAUCAACGGCACUUUAUAUGACUGGUUUGGGUAUACUUGUAGCCGGGCUUAGUUAUGCAGCAGUACCAUUAUACAGAAUAUUUUGUCAGGCAUACAGUUAUGGAGGAACUGUAGUUGGUCAUGACGAUAGCAAGGUAGAAUCAAUGAAACCUAUUAAAGAAAGAAAAAUAAAAGUACAGUUCAGUGCUGAUGUAGGUGCAUCAAUGGCAUGGAAUUUUAAACCUUUACAACGUGAGAUAACUGUAAUCCCUGGAGAGACUGCAUUGGCAUUUUACACUGCUAAAAAUCCAACAGAUAAACCUGUUAUAGGUAUUUCUACGUAUAAUGUACUUCCAUUUGAGGUAGGACAAUAUUUCAAUAAAAUUCAAUGCUUUUGCUUUGAAGAGCAAUUAUUGAAUCCACACGAACAGGUCGAUAUGCCAGUAUUUUUUUAUAUUGAUCCAGAGUUCAAUGAAGAUCCUAAAAUGGAGUUUAUCAAUGAUAUAGCAUUGUCAUACACAUUUUUUGAAUCAAAAGAGGAUCUCAAACUUCCUUUGCCUAGUUAUAUUAAAAAACACGUAACAUCGAAAUGAAACACAAAUUUCUCCUUUAUAACUUUCAUAUUGUACAAAAAAAUAUAGUGGAUUCUUUAAAUGAA